UAUUUUUAUUUUCGUCUCGUACGCUGAGGGAAUAAAAACAGAGCUGUUAAACCCUGAACCCCAAGAAUUGUUGAAAUCGAAGACAAAAGAUGGACAAGAGCAUGCUCGCAGACUUGAAUCUUCCUGAAGAAGACCAAAAGAGAAUGUCCACCAUUGUAGAACAGCUUCAGAUCCGCGACAGUUUGAGGAUGUACAAUUCGUUAGCGGAGAGGUGUUUUACAGACUGUGUGGACAACUUCUGGCGCAAAGCACUCACCAAGGAAGAGGAUACAUGUGUACGCAGCUGUGCCGAAAAGUUUCUUAAGCACUGGAUGCGUGUUAGCAUGAGAUUUGCAGAGCUCAACCAAGAAGCAGCUAACCAAGGACCAGCUACAUCAGAUUAAAUUGUUUAUGGAGAGGUUUUAAAAGAAAAACCUGCAAUUACCGGAUAUUGUUCAUAACAAGUUCACAUAUUUAAAGAUUCCUUCAUACGUGCUAUGCCCAUCUUUUUGUUCUCAACAUUUAAAAGGGUUCAUUUUUGUACUAAUUGAAAUCUCCUUUUAAUUGCAGUUAUAUGUUCAUUGAAUUUUGAUUGUGUAAUAUUUUAGAUAUGGAAUAUGGUUGAGAUUGAAAACAAUGGGAAAACAAGAAUUAGAAAUGUCCAAGUUAGAAAUUCCAUUUUUGGAUGGGAUUGGAUUGAACA